GAAUCCAAAUUGCUCCAGCAUCUGUUGCCUCAGCAGGUGGUCUCUGAUACUUCCAGAAGGAUGUGAGUUUAUUGCGUCAGUGACUGCUGCUGUCCAGUCGAUCCCCUUUCCCCUUCCAGAGAGGGAUGACCACACCCCUCAACAGGUCAGGGGGAAUAGUAUCCGUUUGCCAGAUGGCAGCUAGAACAGCAUGCAAAUCUUGUGCCACAGGUUCACCACUAACCUUUAACAGUUCAGCUGGGAUGCUGCAGAUACCUGCUGCUUUACCACUCUUCAGCUUGGAGAUUGCCCCCCCUCAAAAAAAAAAAAAAAAAAAAAAAAAAAAAAAAAACAGUUAGGGAGGAUGGAUCCUUUAGGGUGUGAGGAUUCGGCAAAGGGAUCCCGACACUCCCUGCAUCCAAGUUAACUGUUGGUGGAUGAACCUCGUACAACUGCUCAAGAUACUCAACCCAACACUCCCGAACCCCAACAGGAUAAUCUGGUGUUACUGAACAAACUGCAGUCACCUGUGAGGAGGUUUAGAGUUGAGCCUUCUCAGGGCACGAUAUCCUGGCCAUGAUCAUCCAUGUGCGAGACACAGACGGGAAAAUGUAUUCUGUUGAAGCACAACCGACGGACACAAUCCACACGCUCAGGGUGAAGAUAAUGUUAGAAGGUGUUCCCCUAAGUAACUCUCGGGAAAUCGAGUUUAACGGCGAGCAUUUAAGGGACACUAAAGUAACGGUUUCCAGCUACGGCAUCUGCGACGAAGACUGUGUGGAUAUCAAAGAUAUCUGUGUGACCCAAGGCAUGAGUGGGUUUUACGUUAACGUUGUCCAGCCGGAAGGGAACGUUAUCAGGGUAGUGGCAGACGAAGCGGUCCCCGUCAUACAGAUCAAGCACGAGGUGGCCCGGAAAGCGGGUGUGGAGGCGAGGAAGCUGCAGCUGAGGGCCGGCAGCGAAAACUUGAAGGACGAGAAGAUGCUGAGAGACUACGACAUCACCGGGGAGUCUGUUGUGUGGCUGGAGGUCGAGGGCGAGAGAGGAAACGGGAGAGAGAAAAGAAGGGAGGGGGAAGGAGCGGGAGACGACAGGCUGAAGAAUGGGUUGCUACUUGUUUCCCUUCUGGUGUUAGUUCCUCUCAGUUUGUGGCUGGCCUACAAAGGUGGGAAUAAAAGUAAGUAAGGCAGUACGAGCGAGAGACAGAAAAGUUAAACUCGGAAACAGUGCCAGUGUGACCCCCCCCCCUUUUAAGCAAGGUGCCAUAGGGAGAACCUGUCAACCCCUCAUGCCUUUGUUUAACCGGAGAAUAACUGUAAUUGUCUUUUAUAUUCUCAAUGAAUUUAUGUAUUAUUUCUUUUCUGUUAUCAAUAAAUUCUCUUUAUAUUUUGCUGUCUGAUCUUCAAUAAAUAGAACAUUUAUUUUGC